AUGAAGUCAAAAAGAAGGAAAGAUAAAAUUAAUUAUCAUGAGGAAAUAUAUACGUAUAAAAAUGACGAAAAAUAUGAUGAGGAUGUUUUAGAUAUAGAUAACAAGGUGCUAAAGGUCCCCAAUAAAAAUGGAAGUGUGCUGCGGAAAGUAAACAUAUUCUCAAAUCGAUGGUGUGGAAAAAAAAGUCCCAUUAAAAAGGAAAGAAAAAAUGAUAAGGGGGGAAGAAGAAACCAUAUGGACAGGGUAACUACAAAUAUUGUGAAUGACAUGAAAUACAUGUACAUAUUAAUUUGUGGCGAUAAAAACAGCGGAAAAACCACCUUCUUAAAUUGUAUAAGUUGUGUGGAAAAUUUUAAAGAUCGAUACGAUAAGGACUGCGCAGGGGGUAGCCAUGAUGAUAGAGUCAUCGUUCUCGAUGAUGUUAAGGAUGGCAUUAAGGAUGGCAUUAAGGAUGGCGUUAAGGAUGACAUUAAGGAUGACAUUAAGGAUGGCAUUAAGGAUGGCAUUAAGGAUGGCGUUAAGGAUGACAUUAAGGAUGACAUUAAGGAUGACAUUAAGGAUGGCAUUAAGGAUGGCGUUAAGGAUGACAUUAAGGAUGACAUUAAGGAUGACAUUAAUGGUGGAUAUAGAGGUAGCUAUAAUGAUGACAUUAAGGAAGGCGUUACGGAUGACGUCUGCGAUGACAAUGAGAUUAGUAAGGGAAGAACCCAUUGGAGAAUUGGCUUGUCUAGUGAAAAAACAGGGAAAAGGAGGAGGAAAAAAAUAAUAUGGAAUUACAAUAAGUUGGAGCUUCUAUCCUAUAUACCAAUCAUAUUCUCAAAGCUAACAAAUAGAAACUAUGAUGUGUUGAAAAAAAAAUUUAAGAAAAAUUUUCUAGACACGGAUAUAUGUGAAGCAUCUAUUUUUUUAACGCGAGAAGAUUUGGAUUUUAUUAAUUACGAGUUCAGUUUAGGAACAGGAUUGGCCACCAAUAAUUUCGACUACCUAAAAAUAAAUUUCUGUGAGUACGGAGAUGAUUUAUUUCGUAAAAUAACAGGGUAUUAUGAAAUGUUCAAUUGUGUUGGGGUAAGACGAAUGUGGAGAAAUGCCAAUGACAUAAUGAAUGGUACAUUGAAUAAUGAAAAAUUCUGCGAAUGCGAUAAAAUAAUUGGAAAAGAAGAACCUUAUCAGGGAAAAAGGACACAGAAUAAAUCAGACUCAAGGACUAUCAUUAAUAUCAUAGAAAGUGCAUUACUAAGAAUUAAAGAAACAAAGUACAUAAGUUAUUUCAUCAAUUUAAGGAGAUCAUUUUUUUUGGUAAAAUCGAGUGUGCAUAUGUAUAAAAUUUUAAUGGGAAAAAUGUGCACGAAUAGACAUAAAAAAGUAGUAAAAUUUGAUCUUAAUAAAAUGAUAAAAGAAUAUACCAAUGAGGGUAAAGUUCCAUAUAAAUUGUUGAACGCGACAAGGUGUACGUUUAAAAGUGCUAACCGUAAUCCAUGCAUAUAUCUUUUAAAGAAGAAGAAAAAUAUUUUCAUUACUAUAAAUGAGGAACAUUUGAUGAAUACAGUAAAAUAUUUAAAUAUCAUAAAUGAUUUAAACAAUUAUAACAGGAUGGACGUUCUUUUUGUGGCUAGUCGUGCAUUCGAUUUUGAGAAGCUAAGCAAAAAAUUUCAUAUAUAUUUUAACUUAAGUUACAAUUUGAAAAUCAUGAAUGUAAUUUUUACAAAUAUGGAGUAUGGGGAUAAGAAUGAGACAUGCAUGGCUAGAAGGAGCGGUAUGAGUGGAAGUAUCACCAUACCCCAAGACCCUAUUUAUCACUUUUUAAAAAAAUGUGUUAAUCGAAAAUGGAGAGUUUGUAAUUGUAAGAGAAAAAGAAAUAAAAUAACUACAAAAAGGAAUCAAUGUGGUGACAUAAUUUUCAAAUAUUAUUCUAAAAAAAAAUUAAGACGCAGGAGGAAUAGUUACACAGAAGAACAUAAGCAAAAUAGUAAGAAAAAGUGCAGCAAUGUUAAAAAUAACAUCUGUGAUGUGGAUUGUAGUGAAAGCAAUGACAAACAUUGUUGCGGUAAUGCGGAUGAAGAAGAAAAAAAAAGACUAGGGGUGAUGAGAAACCUUUCCUUUUUAUUAGAAGAAAAACGAGAAAUUGAGAGUUUUUUUAAAAUAUUUUACGAUGAAUACAUAUAUAGGAAUAAAAAUCGAGUAUAUGUAAAAAAAUUGGUUCAAGAACAUUUUGACAUAUGUUUUUUGUUUAUGAAAUUUUGUUUUUAUUAUUUUUAUCACGUUCAAAAGAAUAAUGAAUGUAUGGGAGUUCGUAAGCUAAAUAUUUAUAAAUUUGUUUACUUAAAACAAAUUGAAAUAGUUAAAAAGGAUAAUAACCUUUCGCAUUACAACAUUUGUGUACCUUCGUGUGUGUACAUUUUUAUAAAUUUGCUGAAAAUGAAUUAUCAGUGUUAUCCAUUUCGAUCCCUAAAGGAACACAAAAUGUUUUUCCUACUCAAUUACCUGUUUUAUGCUGUUAUUUAUUACAAAUUACAAAGAAAAAACUACGAUUUUUACAGUUGCAAAGUAUUAGCAAAUCAUAUCUGCUACUUCACUCGUGACACGAUAAUUAAUGCAUUGGUCGAUCUAUUUGAAAAUAAAAAGCAAGAGAGUGAAAUAAAUUUUAAUUAUAGUACUUUUAAAGAAACAAAAGAAGAGAAACUUAAAAAAAAAAAAAAAACAUUGUUACGUCCACACGAUAGAAAAUAUCGAAAAAAUAUAAAAAUUUUAAAAAAUAUAAUUAACAGAAUGGAUAUAAAUAUACACCCAUUUAUUAUAAUAAAUAAUAUUAAAACUGAUUGGACAUAUUUAAAAAAUUACAUGAUAAAAUCAAACAUGUGUUCGUACUAUGAUGGGUCUACUUAUAUAUACCCCAAUAUAGAAUUUCAGAUUGUGCUAAAUUUUAAUCCAUAUUAUAACAGCGCAAAUAUAGGACCCUUGGGGAAAGGAGUAAUACAUACAAGCAAAUGUGCCAUAUGUUUUUCACCCAUUCGUAACGUUCACUUUAAGGACAAAAUAAGAAAAAGAUAUAUUUUGCACUUCCCUUUUACACACAGGUUAUUAAAAUACUUCAUUGAAAAUAUCCCCCAUGGAAAGGAUAAGCAAAUGGGCAAUUAUCAUUUUUUAUUACAGUUAUUGUGUAUACGAUUUUUUAAAAUACUUAAAAAAUUGUUGAUGUAUUACUAUACGGAUGAUCAAGUGAAUUACAAAUUAAAGGUUAGCCACAUUUUUGUUUUGCUAAAUUAUGUCAUGGAUAUAUAUUAUCUAAUGGCUUAUGAAAAUAUAUGUUUUUAUACAUCCAAGGGAAAAGACUUUGUCCUUUCGAACGAUUUCGAUGUUUCCAAUGAACAUAAGGAAAUCAAUUUUACGGAAAAAAAAAGAAAAAUUAUCUUUAACAUUUAUCAAAAUUGUGCCUUGUUUAAUUCCGCCUACUUUUUCUGGGAAGAAAUGAAAUACGGGAAAAAAAAUGGCUUAAUGAAUAAACACCUUUCGAAUUUAAAAAAGGAUUUGUUCUUUUCAAUAUGGCUGAAGGAACAGUGA